CGUUGCCGUGGAGACGCCGGGCGAGUUCCGGGGAGUCAGGUUUGCGGGUGGCCGCGGGGUGUGCGUGAGCUCGGCUGCGGUGAGCGCCAGGAGGCGGAACCACGCGAGAAGGCCGCGGCUCUCCGCUUCUUCACCGGCGCGGGGCCGAAGCGAAACCAGAGAUUCGUCGGCUCGGGACCGGGCCUUCUGCCCAUGCCGGCUCCUCCGCGGGACUCCCGCCGCCGGCCCGAGGUGCGCCGGGUGGCUCACUGUGACAGCGGCUCGAAGCCAUUCCUUUCUGUGCGUCCUUUCACUCACCUUCACAACAGCCCAGCGAGGGGACUGUGGACUGGCACAUCCUCUACCAGUAAUGGGAACUGAUCCUCCGUGGUGGUGCUGAAUCUCUAAAUAUGAUUCGAAUUGCAGCCUUAAAUGCCAGCUCCACAAUUGAGGAUGACCAUGAAGGAAGCUUUAAGAGCCACAAAAUCCAGACAAAGGAGGCCCAGGAAGCAGAGGCUUUUGCCUUAUACCACAAGGCCCUGGAUCUACAGAAACAUGACAGGUUUGAGGAGUCUGCCAAGGCCUACCAUGAGCUGCUGGAGGCGCGCCUGCUGAGGGAGGCAGUUUCUUCCGGAGAUGAGAAGGAAGGGUUGAAACACCCUGGACUGAUACUGAAAUAUUCUACAUAUAAGAACCUGGCCCAGCUGGCAGCCCAACGAGAAGAUCUAGAGACAGCCAUGGAAUUCUAUUUGGAAGCGGUGAUGCUGGAUUCCACAGACGUCAACCUCUGGUACAAAAUUGGACACGUGGCACUGAGGCUCAUCCGGCUUCCCCUGGCUCGCCAUGCUUUUGAGGAAGGACUUCGGUGUAAUCCUGACCAUUGGCCCUGCUUAGACAAUCUCAUCACUGUUUUGUACACCCUCAGUGAUUACACAACAUGUCUCUACUUCAUCUGCAAAGCACUGGAGAAAGACUGCCGAUACAGCAAAGGUCUGGUCCUCAAGGAAAAGAUUUUUGAAGAGCAGCCUUGUCUCCGGAAGGACUCACUUCGAAUGUUCCUCAAAUGUGACAUGUCAAUCCACGAUGUGUCUGUGAGUGCAGUGGAGACACAGGCCAUUGUAGAUGAGGCUCUGGGGCUGAGGAAGAAGAGGCAAGCAUUGAUCGUGCGGGAGAAGGAACCGGACCUGAAACUAGUGCAACCCAUUCCUUUCUUCACGUGGAAGUGCCUUGGAGAGAGCUUGCUGGCCAUGUACAAUCACCUCACCACUUGUGAACCCCCAAGGCCCAGCCUUGGCAAGAGGAUUGACCUGUCUGACUACCAGGACCCCAGCCAGCUACUAGCAUCCUCUGUAGUGGUUACACCUGUCAGUGUGGUCCAGCCAAGUCCUGUUAACACCAACCCAACUGUCGCUGUGGCUGAGCCUGUGCUGUCCUAUACCUCUGUGACCACAGCCAGCUUCCCACUGCACAGUCCUGGUCUGCUGGACACAAAUGCUUCCAUGGGUGAUGUUUCUGGGGGAGAUAAAUCUAAGAAAGGUGUAAAGCGUAAGAAGACUUUAGAAGAGAGUGGAGAGACAGCAAAACGGAGGUCCGCCCGUGUCCGAAACACCAAGUGCAAAAAGGAAGAGAAAGUGGAUUUCCAGGGGCUUCUGGUAAAGUUCCUGCCAUCCAGGUUAAGAAAACUGGACCCUGAGGAGGAAGAUGACCCAUUUAAUAACUAUGAAGUUCAGUCAGAAGCCAAGCUGGAGAGCUUCUCAAAUGUGGGGCCUCACCGACUGUCCUUUGAUUCGGCCACAUUCAUGGAAUCUGAGAAGCAGGAUGUGCAUGAGUUCCUGAUGGAGAACUUGACCAAUGGGGGCAUCCUGGAGCUGAUGAUGCGCUAUCUGAAGAGCAUGGGCCACAAGUUCUUGCUGCGGUGGCCCCCGGGCCUGGCAGAUGUUGUUCUUAGCGUCUACCACAGCUGGAGGAGGCAUAGCACCAGCCUGCCCAACCCGUUACUGAGGGACUGCAGCAACAAGCACAUCAAGGACAUGAUGCUGAUGUCUCUCUCCUGCAUGGAACUCCAGCUGGACCAGUGGCUGCUGACCAAAGGCCGGAGCUCGACAGUGUCCCCCCGGAACUGCCCUGCUGGUGUGGUGACAGGUAGGUUUGGGCCUGACUUCCCAGGAACCCACUGCCUGGGUGAUCUCCUGCAGCUGUCAUUUGCCUCGUCUCAGCGGGACCUCUUUGAGGAUGGCUGGCUGGAGUUUGUUGUCCGUGUGUACUGGCUGAAAGCACGUUUCUUGGCACUGCAGGGAGACAUGGAACAAGCCCUGGAGAAUUACGACAUCUGCACAGAAAUGCUUCAGAGUUCCAGUGCCAUCCAGGCAGAGGCAGGAGCUGAGCAAGGGGACAUUGUCAUCCGGCUGCCCAACCUCCAUAAUGACUCAGUUGUUUCUCUGGAGGAAAUUGAUAAGAACCUGAAGUCUCUGGAAAGGUGCCAGUCGUUGGAGGAGAUUCAGCGGCUGUUUGAGGCAGGUGACUACAAGGCAGUGGUGCAGCUGCUCCGGCCCACCUUGUGUACCAGUGGGUUUGACAGAGCCAAACACCUGGAGUUUAUGACUUCCAUUCCUGAGAGACCAGCCCAACUGCUUCUACUGCAGGACUCAUUGCUCCGGUUGAAGGACCACAAACAGUGUUUUGAAUGUUCUGACGUGGCUCUGAAUGAGGCUGUCCAGCAGAUGGUGAACUCUACUGAAUCUGCAGCCAAGGAAGAGUGGGUGGCUACAGUGACCCAGUUGCUGCUAGGCAUCGAGCAGGCACUGUCAUCAGACAGCAGUGGCAGCAUCCUAAAGGAAUCUUCCUCGACCACUGGCCUUGUCCGGCUCACCAAUAACCUCAUCCAGGUCAUCGACUGCAGCAUGGCUGUACAAGAGGAGCCCAAGGAGCCCUAUGUUUCCUCAGUGCUGCCCUGGAUCAUUUUGCACAGGAUUAUCUGGCAGGAGGAAGACACCUUCCGUUCCCUGUGCCACCAACAGCAGCUCCAGAACCCGGCAGAGGAAGGGAUGUCGGAGAUGCCCAUGCUCCCAUCUUCCCUCAUGCUGCUCAACACAGCUCAUGAGUACUUGGGCAGGAGGUCCUGGUGCUGCAAUUCAGAUGGGGCGCUGCUACGAUUCUAUGUACAAGUCCUCCAAAAGGAACUUGCUGCAUCUGCCUCUGAAGACACUCACCCCUACAAGGAGGAACUGGAGACUGCCUUGGAGCAGUGCUUCUAUUGCCUGUACAGCUUCCCCAGCAAGAAGAGCAAGGCCAGAUACCUGGAGGAACACUCGGCUCAGCAGGUGGAUCUUAUAUGGGAGGAUGCCCUGUUUAUGUUUGAGUAUUUUAAGCCAAAGACCCUUCCUGAAUUUGAUAGCUACAAGACCAGCACUGUUUCUGCUGACUUGGCUAACCUGCUAAAAAGAAUUGCUACCAUUGUGCCCCGCACAGAGAAGCCAGCCCUGAGCAUGGAGAAAGUCUCUGCCUACAUUGAGGGAACUUCCACCGAGGUGCCCUGCCUUCCAGAAGGGGCAGAUCCCACUCCUCCGGUGGUGAAUGAGCUCUACUACCUCCUGGCCGAUUAUCAUUUCAAAAACAAGGAGCAGUCUAAAGCCAUCAAGUUCUACAUGCACGAUAUUUGCAUCUGCCCCAACAGGUUCGAUUCCUGGGCAGGCAUGGCUCUGGCCCGGGCCAGCCGAAUUCAGGACAAGUUGAACUCAAAUGAACUGAAGAGUGAUGGACCCAUCUGGAAACAUGCCACACCUGUUCUGAACUGCUUCCGGAGGGCCCUCGAGAUUGACAGCUCUAAUUUGUCCUUGUGGAUUGAGUAUGGCACCAUGUCCUAUGCCUUACACUCAUUUGCUUCACGCCAGUUGAAGCAGUGGAGAGCUGAGCUGCCUCCGGAGCUUGUACAGCAGAUGGAGGAUCGGCGCGACAGCAUGCUGGAGACAGCCAGGCACUGUUUCACAUCUGCAGCCCACUGUGAGGGCGAUGGUGAUGAGGAGGAAUGGCUCAUUCACUACAUGCUCGGCAAGGUGGCUGAGAAGCAGCAGCAACCACCAACUGUGUACCUGCUGCACUACCGGCAAGCUGGCCACUACUUGCACGAGGAGGCUGCCCGUUACCCUAAGAAGAUCCACUACCACAACCCACCUGAGCUGGCCAUGGAAGCCCUGGAGGUGUACUUCCGGCUCCAUGCUUCCAUCCUGAAGCUCCUGGGCAAACCUGAUUCUGGGGUUGCUGCGGAGGUCCUGGUCAGCUUUAUGAAGGAGGCAGCAGAAGGACCUUUUGCCAGGGGCGAGGAGAAGAAUACACCCAAAGCAUCCGAAAAGGAGAAGGCCUGCCUGGUGGAUGAGGACUCCCACUCUUCAGCUGGGACACUGCCGGGCCCCGGAGCCUCCCUCCCCUCCUCUGGCCCAGGUCUGACAUCCCCACCUUACACAGCCACUCCGAUUGACCACGAUUACGUCAAAUGUAAAAAACCCCAUCAGCAGGCGACGCCGGACGGUUCCGAAGGAAGAACGGAAGGGCCACGGGCACUGUCUGCCUCUGCCCCUGUGCUCAGAAGCCCUUGUGAAACUGACCUCAGCCAUGAUGAGAGGGCAGACCGAAGCCAGGACAGCACCGCUGUGGCCCUGUCAGACUCCAGCUCGACACAGGACUUCUUUAAUGAGCCCACAAGUUUGCUGGAGGGUUCUCGAAAGCCCUUUGCAGAGAAGAGGCUAUCUGGGCUCAGUGCUCCAGCUGGACCAACUGGUAAAGAUCUUCCAGGGCCCACAGAGGAAAGAGGAAAAAUUGAGGAGUCCUUGGAGAGCACAGAGGCCUUCCGGGUUGUAGAUCAAGGCAUCCAGAAGCCUGUGGCAGAUUCCUCAGCCUCUGCUUACAUCCCCAGCAAGGCCCCAGUGUCCACACCUCCCUCGUGGGAUGGGAAGAAGAGGAGUGACCUCCCAGGGGAGCCGGUGGCUUUUCCCCAGGGACUACCGGCAGGCGCUGAGGAGCAGCGCCAGUUCCUCACAGAGCAAUGCAUCUCCUCCUUCUGCCUGUGCUUGAGCCGCUUCCCACAGCACUACAAGAGUCUCUACCGCCUGGCCUUUCUCUACACCUACAGCAAGACUCACCGGAACCUCCAGUGGGCCCGUGAUGUGUUGCUAGGCAGCAGUAUCCCAUGGCAACAACUGCAGCACAUGCCGGCACAGGGGCUCUUCUGCGAGAGGAACAAGACCAAUUUCUUCAACGGCAUCUGGCGGAUCCCCGUGGAUGAGAUUGACCGGCCAGGCAGCUUUGCCUGGCACAUGAACCGCUCCAUCGUGCUGCUCCUCAAGGUUCUAGCCCAGCUCCGGGACCACAGCACCUUGUUGAAGGUGUCUUCCAUGCUGCAGCGGACACCAGACCAGGGCAAGAAAUAUCUGCGAGAUGCUGACCGCCAGGUCCUGGCCCAGCGGGCUUUCAUUCUCACUGUGAAAGUGCUGGAGGACACCCUGAGUGAGCUUGCAGAGGGGUUAGAACACCCAGGACCCAAGGUCUGUGGCCACUCCGGAGCCAGGAUGACCACCGAUGUCUCACACAAAGCCAGUCCUGAGGAAGGCCAGGAAAGCCUCCCCCACCCCAAGAAGCUACCUCUAGCUGACGGCUCAGGACCAGGGCCUGAGCCAGCGAGCAGAGUGGGCCCUCUGAACCAAUUGUCAGUGGCCACAGACACAAGGGACAGCACAGACCAGGGUGGGGAGCGAAAAGACAAAGAGAGUCCCCAGGCAGGGCCCACUGAACCCAUGGACACCAAUGAGGCUGCUGUUCACCACCCAGACUUGGAACAGACUUCACCUCUGCUUCCAGGCCGCCCCCCAAGGGACAGGGGCCCUGAGAGCCGGUCCGCAGAGCUUUCUCUAGAGGAACUGAGCAUCAGUACCCGACAGCAACCCGCUCCACUUACACCAACCGCAGCAACGCCCACCACCACUGCUACUCCUGCCACCACGGGAGCCAGGGGAGUUGGCCACCCUGAGGAGGCACCUCCAAGGCCUAAUCGCAAAAGGAAACUCCUGGAGGAUACAGAGUCUGGCAAGACUCUCCUGCUGGAUGCCUAUCGAGUGUGGCAGCAGGGCCAGAAGGGCAUGGCCUAUGACUUGGGCCGCAUUGAGAAGAUCAUGUCAGAGACUUACAUGCUCAUCAAGCAGGUGGACGAGGAGACUGCACUGGAGCAGGCUGUGAAGUUCUGUCAGGUUCACCUUGGGGCUGCUACCCAGAGACAGGCCUCAGGGGACGCACCCACCACCCCCAAGCACCCCAAGGACAGCAGAGAAAACUUCUUCCCUGCCACAGUAGCCCCCACAGCACCUGACCCUUUGCCAGCUGAUACCCUCCAGCGGCCCAGUGACUCCCACCUCAAGCCUCAGACUGUAUUGUCUUCUGCCACCGCUGUCAUCGGUUGCCCUCCCUCCACAUCAGCCUCUACCCCAGACCUGUCCACAGAUCCUGGAAUUCCACGGCCACACAGACCAGAGGCUACCACCAGCAUGGCCUCUCUGAGUCCUGAGAUAGAAGAGCAGCUGUCAGGAGCAACAGAAGGUGCCAGCUUUCCACCCCAAGAACCACGGCACCAGAUGAAAAUGACUGUCACGGGUCCCCUGACUGAGCAGCACUGCUGGCCAGUGGAGACUGCUUGCCAGACAGGUGCUGAGCCCACCUGCAGCCAAGCCACCAGCACUAAGGUCCCCAGCAGCGGAAGUACCCAGUCACCGGAGAGCCAUCAAGGCAAGACUGAGUCCAGCAGGACCAAAUCCCGCCUCCUGUCCAACAUGCCAAAGUUGGUGAUCCCUUCGGCCACCACCAAGUUCCCCCCUGAAAUCACCGUCACACCACCUACCCCGACCCUGCUUUCCCCUAAAGGCAGCAUUUCGGAGGAGACCAAGCAGAAGCUGAAGUCAGCAAUCCUCUCCGCCCAGUCAGCUGCCAAUGUGAGGAAGGAGAGCCUGUGCCAGCCAGCCCUGGAGGUUCUGGAGACAUCCAGCCAAGAGUCCUCAUUGGAGAGUGAGACAGAUGAGGAUGACGACUAUAUGGACAUAUGAGGGGGGCACCCAGAGCCCUACGGCCAUACCCAGAGCAACAGCUAGGCCUGAGCAAGGCCAGAAGCCCACGUGAGGUACCAUUUCCCAUGGUCUCCUAGGCCUGCCCAGCUCCCUCUUUACAGCAUCCUGCCCUGGUUGAGGCUGUCCACGCCCAGUGUGUUGGUCCAAAGGAAGAUGAGAGCUGUCUUAGGCACAUGAGGAUGAACUGGUUGUGGUCUACACAGCAGGGCUGGCACUGUUUGUUGGUUUUGUGAACACUGACAUUCUGUACAAGCUCAUGCCCACAGUUCAGUGCCAAGACAGACUAGCUUGGGUUCUGGUGGCGACAUCGAGAGCCUAGCUCAUCCCAUACCCCUUUUGUCAUUGCUUCUUUUCUAAUAAAGCUGGGAAAAUGG